AUGGGUCUCCAACAGCUGGCCGGCCCGUACGCCGUGCCUGUCGCCAUUGUGGUGGGCUUCGCCGCCAUCACCACCAGUCUUUUCCUGUACCUCUUCGGUCGCCCACAACUCCCCAAAACCGCGCCACAACUGGCAUCAAAUCAAUUGCCCGUCCUCGGUGCCUGGUCUUUCUUUUCAAAACGAUGGGACUUCUGUAGAGAAGCCGCUCAAAAAUCGGCCACCAAAAGCUUCACAUUCUUCGCUGGCCAAUAUCCCAUUAUUGGUUUGACCGGCGAACAGCAGCGCAAGCUGUUCUUCGAGCACCGGGGAUUGGACUUCAACUCAGGAUACUCAGCACUUCUGGGUGGCUCACCACCAGGUGACCGCGAUCAUGAAUUCGGUGCAUACUUUCGCACUCGCCUCUUGGCCAUGCUCAAGGGACCUGUUCUCAAGGCUGGUCUUCCUCAGAUGAUUCGCGACGUGCGCAACAGCCUCGACACAAUGGCAGCCGAGCCUUCUGGCCGUACCGACCCGUUCGAGACCAUCUACCGCAUUGUAUUCCAGCUGACCAUGCGUGCCGUGGCUUGCAAUGAGAUUGCCGACGAUCCCAAGGACUUGGCGACUGCGCUUCACUGUUUCGAGACCAUUGACAAAACCGGCACCCCACUCACCGUUAUGUUCCCGUGGUUGCCGCUUCCUGCGAAGUUCCAGCGAUUGAAGGUCGGAGCGCAGCUCUACAUGAUGUUUCAACGCGUAAUUGAAAAGCGAAAGAAGGAGGAUGUCAAGAGCCAGGAUGCGUUGCAGUUCCUUUUGGACCAGGGAGAUGACACCAAGGGAAUCAUCACAUUCGUCCUCGGAGCUCUUUUCGCUGGCCAGCUGAACUCUGGCAUCAACGCCGCCUAUAUCAUGUGCCACCUUGCAUGCAACGCUGACUGGCGGGAUCGUGUCCGCGCCGAGAUUGAGCGCGUCGCAAACCGAUACACCACUGACGAAUCUCUGCCACUCGCUGACCGCCUCGAAUCCGUACCGAUCGAGGCUUGGGAAUCAGAUUUCCCGAUGAUCGACCUCUGCUUGAAGGACUCCAUCCGCAUGCACAUGCCCGGUACUGCCUUCCGAAGGAAUAUCUCAGGCCAGGAUAUCCCACUUCCGGGAACGAAAGGCGAAGUGAUCCCCAAGGGCGCAUUUGUCGCAUAUCCGGUGGGCGACACUUUCUACAACCCGGAGAUCUACUCGAAAGAAAAGGACUGGGAUCCGUCGCGAUACCUGCAGGACAGAGCAGAGGACAAGAAGGAGGCACAUGCCUGGUUCGGAUGGGGCGCUGGUCGCCACCCUUGCCUCGGCAUGCGUUUUGCCAAACUCGAGAACAACAUCAUUGCAGCUUUCUUCCUCGCCUACUUUGAGAACUUCUCGCUCGAGGAUGCCGCUGGUCGCAAACUCGACCGAGUGCCAGACGCCGACCGCAACGACCACUCCGCGAGCAAGCCUAGCAAGCCCAUGUUCUUAAACCUCCGAGAGUGA